AUAACAAAGACGUGUCUCAGUGUUUAACUCUGCGUUAAACUACAAGCUCGUCGAUAGCGUUUACUUGGUUUAAAUGUAACCUUUCAGUUAGCUAAUGCUAAAGCUAUUGGGACCCCGCCGAUUUCCGUUUCCUCUUCUCUAUGUUGUCUGUUGUUGCCAUUGCGACCCCCCUCACAAGCGGAAAGUGACCGUUCCAGCAGCAGGUGUUCCUAAAAAGUUCCUCCCAAGGAGUUGAAUUAAAUACUUUUUAGACAUAAUAAUGGCUUCCUGUUUGGUCACAGACUUCCCAGCUGUCGUGGUCGCCGUGGAACAUUUGAAGGAACUGGAAAAGCAGCUGAAAGAUGAGGCACUACCAUUUGCACUUGAAGCCAGCCUUCAUCUGGCAGAGAUGACAAAUGCCAUCACGAAGCUUGAGAAUGAGCGGCACACAUCCCGGGAGCUUUUGGAAGUAGAAAGCAUUGAAAAUAGCAAGUUAAGACACCAAAUCAACAAUGUCCGUGAGUGUAUGAGCAGAGAAAUCAUGGCUGAUGUUGCAGCAGCCAGGGCAUCCAAUGAAGAGGAGAAGGAGCAGCUGCUGAAUGACCUGAACACAGCUUUAAAACUACAAAAAGAGUGUGAAGACGAACAGGAAGCACUCUCUAAACAAACCAGAGAUCUGUACCCUCUUAGAGAUCAAGUCAGGGCCGAGUACCAGGAGAUGAUCGCUGCUCUAAAUGAUCGAAUCUCACAAAAAUACGACUUACAAACACAACUGGGUCAAAAACAGGAGCAGGUGGAGCGGCUGAAAGCCUGCAUUUCUGCUAAUGAACAUGAAAAAACAGUUGUCCAUCAGGUCUUGGCUUUGGAGAAAGGAGCUUUCAGUGUAAGAAAACAUGACCUGACUAAAGAGCUGCAUGACAGGAGCGAGAAAAUCAAGCAGCAGAAACACUUGAACAGAAGGAGCCGCAGAAAGCUGGAGAGUGUUACCAAGAAGAAACGUGAGGCUCAACACCGUCUGGAGGAGCUCACAGCUGAUAUGACCAGGCUGGAGGGCAAUCUACAGAGACUGACAACAUCGAGGUGUGGGUUUGAAGAACAGCUGCAAGAGACAAACCAAAAGCACCGAGACCUGAAAAGACAGAGAGAAACGCUGAAGGAGGAGUGGCAUCAGUUAGGGGAAGGGUUCACGCUGGCCAUUCAGCAUCUCAGAGAGAAGGUUUCCUCAGCAGAGGGUCACAUCGAGAUUAGACAAACGUCCAGAUCAGUCAGUCAGGACCAACUCGCCUGUGUAUCUGACAAGUACCAGUCCCAGCAUUAUGAGGAAAACAAAGUGAAAACAGAGCAUAUCCAGGCCUCCCAGCAGCUGGAGCACUCUCAGGGUCGACUGGAGGAACGCAUCGCCUUGGUGGUCAAAUACAGCAAGGAGAUCGUGGAGAUGGACAAGCAGCUGAGAGAGCUCCUGGAGGCGGACAUGAUCAACCAGCACGUGUUUAAGAAGAAUCAGGAGGAGUUGUCUUCUAACAUAUGUACGGAGGAGAAAAACAUCUGCCACUUUGAGGAGGAGAGGAGCAAGCUGUGGAGACAUUUGGAGAAGGCAAGACUGGAGCAGGAGGAACACAUGAGGAAAGUUACCUCUGACAUCAUCAGCACUAGAAGGAGACAUGAGGAGCUGCUUCAGGAGGAGGCCACGCUCCUGCAGGUCCAGCCGAUGAGUGCAGAUGUGGAUCUGCUGCUGAGCCACAGAGCUCAGUGUGAAGCAGAAUUUAAGGACAAAGAACUGAAAAGUCAUCAAGACAUAGAGCAGUGUGUUGCAGAAAUGGAGAAGGUUUCCAGGUCUACUGUGGAGCUACUGAGGGAGGUGACGGACAAAGAGGGCGUGCUCAAAGAUGUGGAGGUUCAAUGGAAAGAGGAGCAGAGGCGGCAGCAGAGAGCGGAACAACUCACUUCUGAGUUAAAGCUCAGAAAGGCUGAGCUGGUGCUGGGGAUUCAAGAGCUGAAGGAAAAAAACGGACCUCUGCUGCAACCUAAAGAAGACAUGAAGGUGGAGCUGCAGAACCUGAGAGCGCAUCACAUGGACCUGCUGGAAAACCAGGCCUUGGAGCUGAGAGCUGUGGAAAUGACUAUCUGUGACUGUCAGCUGAAACUGGAGCAGGUCUACCAGGAGAACAGCCGACUGCACCUGUGCAUCACACACAUGACUGAGGAUGUGAGGAGAGCCAGGAUGGACCAGGACAGAUACUGGCAGCAGGUUCAACUGUACCACGAGGACAACAAGUCCGUGAUUGAAGGUUUACAGGAAGAUUGGGCAGAGGAUUUACGGGUGACUGAGCAGAGUCAGAGAAGAGAUGCUGCUCUUUUAGACUCUUUUAAUGCUCUGUGGAGCCCUCUGGAGACGAGGAGACAGCAGUUAGGACAUGUGGACGCACUGCUGCACCGCCAGAUGAUGGAUUUCAGCAGACGACUGGGAGGCAAAACGAUGGGACUGCAGGAAAGUGAUUUAAGGGAGCCACCAGCAUCUCAUUACUGCCAACUUUCAGCCUUAGUUUAGACAAACUGGAGAGUCCUGUUGUGUUUGGGACUAAACUCCAACGUCAUCUUCGACCUGAUCCAUUUGAGCCAAUCCCAGUAGUCUGCAGACGAGGGCGGAGUUACACCGUGAACAUAUUUGGGAGUGAACUAUUUAACCUAGUCCUGACCGUCUGUUUGUCGUUGGAGAAAACUGUCAUAAAACCACGCAGACCACUGUAUAUCAUCCUUUCUUUCUUGUUUAGACAUUGUUUGCUGACUGUCGCUGUGCUGCUGCUACCAGCAGGUGGCACCGGAGACCAGGUUUUGCGAGCCUGUGACCUUGCCCUGCAGUAAAAGGGUCAGACAAACAGCACUCCUACUCCAGAGAACAAAACACAGUCACACACACACUGUCACAAACAUAUUGGGACAGCGGGGAAAACAAGGCAGCAGCUGGAGGGCAAAAGAAAACAGCAGUUCCUUCCAGUUCAGAAGUGGAUUAUAGUCUGGUCCCUGACCUGGUCUUGACUUAGAGAAGACAGACCUGGGAACAGCUGGCUGGCUCCAAAGGAGUGGACACAACAGAGCUUACCUUCAG